GCGGAGCGGGCGAGUAGGUAAACAGUGCUGAGAGCGUGUGCCGGGCGCUCGCGCUGUGGGGGACGCGGCGCGUAGGUCACGGAGGAUUCUUCCAGCUUCCUGCAGCCGGCCCUGAAGGUUGGCCGUCAUGUUGGGGGAAGCCAUCAUGGUGGCCAAAGGCCUUGCCAAGUUGACCCAGGCAGCAGUGGAAACCCAUCUGCAGCACUUGGGCCUAGGUGGGGAGCUCAUCAUGGCGGCCAGAACUCUUCAGUCCACGGCUGUGGAGCAGAUCAACUUGGUCUUGGGGAAGGUGCAGGGUCAGGAUAAGAAGCAUGAUGAAUCAUAUGCUGCUGAGAACUUGGAUGACUUGGAGGCAGAGUUUCAAUUUUCAGCGCCUCAGGAAACUGGAGCCUCUCCAGACUCUGCAGCCAGUGCCCUGGACCAGGCGCCACCUUCACCCCUGGGUCACGCACACAGUGAGGGACCAGCUCCUGCCUACGUUGCCAGUGGACCCUUCAGGGACACUGGGCUCCCAGGGCAGGCCACCUCUCCUCUGGGUAGGGUCAACGGGAGGCUCUUGGCAGACCCCCGAGACUUGUUCUUGGCCAGUGGUAUCCAGCGAAGGUUCUUCCACCAAGACCAGUCUCCCGUGGGGGGCCUAACGGCUGAGGACAUUGAGAAAGCCCGUCAGGCCAAGGCUCGCCCUGAGAGCAAGCCACACAAGCAGAUGCUCAGUGAGCGGGCUCGGGAGCGGAAGGUGCCAGUUACGCGGAUUGGGCGGCUGGCCAACUUUGGAGGUCUGGCUGUGGGUCUGGGCUUUGGUGCAUUGGCCGAGGUCGCCAAGAAGAGUCUGCGUUCUGAGAGCUCCACAGGGAAGAAGGCUGUGCUGGAUUCUAGCCCCUUCCUGUCUGAGGCUAAUGCCGAGCGCAUCGUGAGCACGCUAUGCAAGGUGCGCGGGGCAGCGCUGAAGCUGGGCCAGAUGCUGAGUAUCCAGGACGAUGCCUUCAUCAACCCCCACCUAGCCAAGAUCUUCGACCGGGUGCGGCAGAGUGCUGACUUCAUGCCCCUGAAGCAGAUGAUGAAAACCCUCAACAAUGACCUGGGCCCCCACUGGAGGGACAAGCUGGAGUACUUUGAAGAACGGCCUUUUGCUGCUGCCUCCAUUGGGCAGGUGCAUCUGGCCCGCAUGAAGGAUGGCCGUGAGGUGGCCAUGAAGAUCCAGUACCCUGGCGUGGCACAGAGCAUCGACAGUGAUGUGAACAACCUCAUGGCCCUGCUGAGCAUGAGCAACAUGCUUCCGGAAGGCCUGUUUCCUGAACACCUGAUUGAUGUGAUGAGGCGGGAACUGGUCCUUGAGUGUGACUACGAGCGGGAGGCCGCCUGUGCGAAGAAAUUCAGGGAGCUGCUGAAGGACCACCCCUUUUUCUACGUGCCUGAGAUCGUGGAUGAGCUCUGUAGUCCCCACGUGCUGACCUCUGAGCUGGUGACAGGCUUUCCCCUGGACCAGGGGGAAGGGCUGAGCCAGGAGAUCCGGAAUGAGAUCUGCCACAACAUCCUAGUGCUGUGCCUGAGGGAGCUGUUCGAGUUCCAUUAUAUGCAGACUGACCCCAACUGGUCCAACUUCUUCUACGACCCUCAGCAACACAAGGUGGCUCUCUUGGACUUUGGGGCAUCGCGGGAAUAUGAUAGGUCCUUUACCAACCUGUACAUUCAGAUCAUCCGGGCUGCUGCUGACAGGGACAGGGAGACUGUGCUGAAGAAGUCCAUAGAGAUGAAGUUCCUCACUGGCUAUGAGGUCAAGGCCAUGGAAGAUGCCCACCUGGACGCCAUCCUCAUCCUGGGGGAAGCCUUCGCCUCCGAGGAGCCCUUUGACUUUGGGAGCCAGAGCACCACGGAGAAGAUCCACAGUCUGAUCCCCAUCAUGCUGCAGCACCGCCUCAUCCCGCCGCCCGAGGAGACCUAUUCCCUGCACCGCAAGAUGGGCGGCUCCUUCCUCAUCUGCUCCAAGCUGAAAGCCUGCUUUCCCUGCAAGGCCAUGUUUGAGGAAGCCUACAGCAAGUACUGCAGGACACAGGCCGGGCUGCAGUAGGUGCAGGCCAGGUCACUGGGGGCUGUACCCUCCUGCAGGCUCACACGAGCAGGCAGCCACAACAACCUCCAGGGCUUUUGUUGCCAAAAGGGUGAGGAGUGAGCAGUGCUGGGUGGACAGGCACCACUGUUGCCUUGGAAGUAACCAGACAAAAAUUCGCCUUUUGCCACUUCCUCCCGACUGUGGAUGCUCACUAGGAAUGAGGAAUGCUGCCUCCCUUCAAGUUCCCUGCAACCAAAGCAAAGUGACAGAGUAAAUACACAAGAGCCCUUGGGAUCUCCUUGCUGUGUAGAUGGAGCUGUGUGUGUUUCUAGGCGAGUUUUGUGUUCCUGUCCUGCCUGUAGCCUAGAGCUGGUGGUUCUUCUGAACAAUGCCAGGAGUAUGCCACCUAGUCCACAUGGCCAGCUUCCCUGGCUGUCUCAGCACGGAGAGCAGACGUUUGCGAUAGAGGGGCUGCUGCAUUUGGGGGGUGCCGGGAGAGGCACAGUUGCUACCAGGCACCAGAGGUCAGUAUAGGCCCCGAAUAUAUUUGCAAGACUUGUAUUAACCACACGAACAUUCUUCAGCUCAAUUAAAAAAAAAAAAAAA